AUGGUAUUCUGGGAGGGUGGGGGAAGGAACGGGAUAGGUAUCUUGGUUGAUAAGGACCUCCGUGAACUAGUGGUAGAGGAUAGGAGGGUGAAUGAUAGGCUGAUGACUAUUAAGAUAGUUGUUGAAGGUUUUACUUUGAAUAUAAUCAGUGUGUACGCACCCCAAGCAGUCUUGGAUAAGGAAGUCAAGAGGCAUUUUUUGGAGGAUUUGGAUGAGAUGGUGCGUGGUAUCCCACAUACCGAGAAGCUUUUCAUAGGAGGAGAUUUCAACAGUCACAAUGGAGCGACGUCUGGUGGGUAUGAUGAUAUGCAUGGUGGCUUUAGUUUUGGAGAUAGAAACAGAGGAGGAACCUCUCUGCUGGACUUUGCUAGAGCAUUUGAUUUGGUGAUAGCAAACUCGAGUUUCUCGAAGAAGAGGGAGCACUUGGUCACCUUCCGGAGUUAG